CUCGUGCUCGGAAGGAUCGAUUUCACUAAAUGAAAGUAGUUUCAAAAGGAAAGGUUUUUCUUUUACUAAGAGACUGAAACAGUGUUUCUUACCAGAUUGGAUUACAACCCCCUAGGAAAUAAUGAGCAGUUACUUUUGUUGAGUUUCAUCUUUUAGUUCCAAUUAUAUCGAUCACCAAUGGGAAAUCCGCAUUCGAAGGAUACACGUAUCGGAAUACGAGGUGGUAAAAUGACUCAAAGCAAUACUCAGUUAGUCUGCGACACGAAAUCAUCGACGAUGUCAAGUCUUCAUAGGGAUCAACUUGGCCAGCGGGGACAUGGGGAUGUCAUGUGUCCAAGUUUGUUACGAGGCCUGGAUCAUCUAAAGAAUCCCCAACUGAACAAGGGGAUGGCAUUCACUAUUGAGGAGAGACAAAUACUGGGCAUUCAUGGUCUUCUACCAGCAGCUGUAAAAACUCAGGACGAACAGCUAGAACUCUGUCGUUUGAAUCUGGAUCGUUAUGACGAUGAUCUCUCCAAAUAUAUCUAUCUCAUUGGCUUAUUGGACAGAAAUGAAAAGCUGUUCUACCGUCUGCUGGGAGACAAUGUGGAAAAAAUGAUGCCUCUAGUCUACACACCUACAGUCGGUUUAGCAUGUCAAAAGUUCGGUCUAGUUUACCGCAGACCACGUGGUAUGUUCAUCACCAUAAACGACAAAGGUUACGUAUAUGACGUUCUGAAAAAUUGGCCUGAACACGAUGUGAGAGCCGUCGUUGUCACUGACGGUGAAAGAAUACUUGGUCUGGGUGAUUUGGGUGCCUAUGGAAUGGGUAUUCCUGUUGGAAAAUUGUCCUUGUACACUGCUCUAGCUGGAAUCAAACCUCAUCAGUGUUUGCCUAUUACACUGGAUGUUGGUACAAACACUAAGUCUCUCUUGGAAGAUCCUCUCUACAUUGGCCUCAAACAUAAACGUGUAAUUGGUCAGGAAUACGAUGAAUUCUUAGACGAAUUUAUGCAAGCUGUUGUCAGAAGAUACGGACAGAACACUUUGAUACAGUUUGAAGAUUUUGGUAACGCCAACGCGUUUAGAUUGCUUAGCAAAUACCGCGAUCACUAUUGUACCUUCAACGACGACAUUCAGGGAACUGCAUCCGUUGCUGUUGCUGGUUUGUUGGCAUCUCUUCGCGUCACGAAUACCAAGCUUUCGGAAAAUACAUUUGUGUUCCAGGGUGCUGGUGAGGCAGCGCUGGGUAUUGCAUCGCUAUGUGUGAUGGCUAUGCUAAAAGAAAAUGUUAGCGAGGAAGAAGCAAAGAGUAAGAUUUGGAUGGUCGACUCGAAAGGUUUGAUUGUCAAGAAUCGUCCAAGUGGAGGACUGACAGAGCAUAAGCUACACUUUGCUCGAGAUGGUGAACCAAUUAAUACAUUACUGGACGUGGUGAAAAUCGCGAAACCGACGGUUCUUAUUGGUGCCGCUGCUAUUGGUGGUGCUUUCACCACGGAAAUAUUGGAAGAAAUGGGAAAGAAUAAUGAAAAACCUGUGAUUUUUGCACUUAGCAAUCCAACGAGCAAAGCAGAGUGUACUGCUGAACAAGCAUACACUGCUACAAAGGGAAAAUGUAUAUUUGCCAGUGGAUCACCUUUCCCACCAGUAACAUAUAAUAAUAAGACUUACUAUCCUGGCCAAGGAAAUAACAGUUAUAUUUUCCCUGGUGUCGCAUUGGGCGUUAUAUGCUGUGGCAUGCGUACAAUCCCAGAAUACAUAUUCCUCGCUGCGGCUAAAACAUUAGCAAACAUGGUCUCUAAAGACGACUUGGACAGUGGAAACUUGUAUCCACCACUGCAAGAUAUUCAGAAAUGUUCGUUAACGAUAGCUGCUGAGGUUAUGCACUGUGGUUAUGAGAAUGGCCUCGCAACAGUUCAUCCUCAGCCUAAAGACUAUGAGAAGUUCAUCAAAGCACAAUUGUACGACUCUACGUACAAAUCAUCGGUACCUCCAGUGUAUGGUUCGCCUAAAUUGUAAUUUUAAGUGUCAUCGUUUUACACGCGAAGCUUCGAAAUUUGAAUACAUCGAUUAUACAGAUGUGCGCGACAUGUUUUUAACGGUGUAUUUCUUUUUUAUUUGGCAUGGUAUUGUAAGAACCUGUUGAGCAGGUUCGUAUAUAAUAGCUUUCCAUUGAGUUUCCUGUAUGUAUGUUACGACGAGCAGCAUGUAUGUAUGUAUGUGUGUAUAUGUAGAGUAUCUAUUUCGAGAAGAGAAAAAUGUAUCUCAGAUUAUUGUAUAAAUGUAUCAAUGACCACUUUAAAUUAUUGGGAUGAAAAGUUUGACUUACUGGUUGAAAGAAUAAACUUCAAAUGAUUAUUUGAAAGAAAUGUGUUUAUUGCUACUCGAAACAGCAUUUUUUUCGCAAUGCUCAGACAUAUUUCUUUUCUUUGUACGAGCAGCAGGAUAUCGUCUCAACUUCCGUCAUGUCGGUAUGUAUUAAAACUAAGAGAGGCAAACAUGACGUACAUGGGUGGUAGAGCCUUGUAGUUUGAAGGUUUCAUUCCUUUAAACAAAAUAAAAGCAGAGGCGUUUUUAUGUACGUAAGCUCGCACUUGUUUUUUUCAAAGAUAUGCGAUGCACGCGUAAAACUCUCAGUAUUAAGUGUAUUUAGAAAACGUAAUCGAUCCACCUCACUCUUCUGACUGUUUUCGUAAGGACUGAUGAAACAGAAAACACACAUGAUUGUCUGAAACAUCGUAAGACAAUGCAACGAAGUCCAGAUUAUACACCGAACCGAAAAAAAGGAAGGUUGUUAUUAGCUUCAGCAUCUUCUAAAAUAACCGUAUGGUGUAUCCUUAUGGUCUCUGAGAACGUUAACAUAUGUAUUUUACGACAAUGAAUUGGCGUUCAUUGAAUUACUCUCUCACAUACUUCAUUUCUCUUU